AUGUCACCGUACUUUUCCAAGGAGAGACAGGCGUCGGCAAAGCGCUUUGCCCGACUGCUGCAUCAACUCAGCCACCGUGCAGGCAAACUGUUCGUGGCCGUCAACUGCGCCGCGCUACCAGAAACGCUGAUCGAGUCGGAGCUUUUCGGGGUGGAAAAGGGCGCCUUUACCGGCGCCACGCGUACCAGGCCCGGGCGUUUCGAUCAGGCUAAUGGCGGCACAUUGUUCCUCGACGAAAUCGGUACCCUGACCUCAGUGGCGCAGGAAGUGCUCCUUCGCGUGCUGCAGGAACGUGAAGUGGAUCGGUUAGUUGGUGAUUCCCCCUAUCCAGUCGAUAUUCGGGUCAUUGCCGCAACCAAUGCGGAUUUGGAAGAGGACGUCCGGCAGGGCCGCUUCCGUAAAGAUCUGUUCUAUCGCAUCAACGUAGUGCCCAUUCACAUUCCGGCUCUGCGCGAGCGGCGAAACGACAUCCCAUUGCUCAUCCGUUAUUUCAUCAAGCGCUUCUCCCUCUUGCACCAACGCUCGAUCAAGGGAUUUUCGCGGGCAGCUGCCGACACAGCGGGCCAACGAGAUCGAGCGACUGCUGCCCCAUCAGUGGACGCCUGCCCGACCAGACAAGUGACUCCGGCGGAAGCUUGGGCGGUGUUGGUAGGGAUUGCCGAACAUUUUGAGCCUACCUCUGCGCCGCUCAUGGAACAGGAGCAGGCACCCAUGUGCCCCAGCGGUCCGGUAGCGCACUAUAAUGGAGUCUACUUGAAUUUCUCCCAACAGAAUUCGGCCGGUGCCUGGGCAAAGAAAUAUCACCAGGCUGCGCGUUCGGUAAUCGAAGCUAUGUUGAAGCCGUACGAUCUCGGUUCAACGCAAUGGUACGUAUUGUGGCAGUUGAUCAAUGCCGGGCCGACGCCUCAGCGGGAUUUUUUGGCGUAUCUAAAUAUUGAAAAGACGACGCUCAGUGGCGUUACCUCCGCAUUGGUACGCAAAGGACUCGUGGAGCAGGCAACCGACAAAUCAGGUUUCGAAUGUCGUGUGUUGAUUCGCCCAGGAAAGACAGCUCCAGAUGGGGUCACCGUCUUCGAAGGAGAUGUGCUAGAUCAGAAAUCACUGAUCAAAGCUGUAGAGGGCGUUGACGCUAUAGUACAUCUAGCGGCGGUUCUACGGACACCUGAUGCUUCCCAGAUAUGGAACGUCAACCUUGAGGGCACACGGAAUCUGAUCGCGGUUACGAAGCAGUUUGCGCCGAAUGCUCGAUUUAUAAUGGCAAGUACCGGCCUUGUUUAUGCGGACAAUAAUCACCGCCCUUCCGGGGAAAGUGAUAGCGUUAGCUCUGCGCGUGAUUAUCCAGCUAGUAAAAUCGCUGCUGAAAUCUUGCUCCGUGAAAGUGGGCUAACCUGGUCCAUUCUGCGCUUCGGAUUCGUCUACGGAGAUAAUGACGGCCAUGUUGCGCAAAUUCCGCACAUCGCAAAGUUAAUGGACUUGCACCCAUCAAACCGCUUGAGCAUGAUCCACCACCGUGACAUAGCUAAUGUUGUGCAUAUGGGACUGAGUGGACGCUUGGAUGAGGCCACAAUCAAUGUGGUAGACGAGUCGCCUAUGAGCGUUCUAGAACUAAGCAACAUAGCCGGCUCCGCGAUGGAUACCGUUGAUUCGCCGCUCGUGAAACCUUGGUUUGGAGUCAUGGACGGUUCAUUGGCCAGAAGCCUCGGCUUCAAGCCGGAGGUUUCUACGACCUGGCAAGCGACCGCGAGGCGCCCGCUGUUCGACAUGGUUGGUUCGAUGCUGCGGCAGGCUUUUGAGAGGCUGCGGCCACGCGAUAAACCAAUCUUGCAUUCCGACCAGGGAUGGCAGUACCGGAUGCCUAUCUACCGCCGCGUGUUGAACGAGCGUGCGGUAAAGCCAAGCAUGUCCCGCAAAGGAAACUGUUAUGACAAUGCGGCUAUGGAAAGCUUUUUUGGCACGUUGAAAUCAGAGUUCUUUUUCCUGAACAAAUUCAACAGUCUCGAUGAGCUUGAAGCAGCGGACGCGAUCACCCUUAUCGCCAGGAUUUCCAUGCGCCAACGAAGCUCCUAUCCCAAACCCUUCAAGGCCCACGUCGUGCAGGAAUGCCUGAAACCCGGUGCAUCAGUUUCCAGCGUCGCCAUCAGCCACGGCAUCAAUGCCAACGUGAUUCGCAAGUGGCUGCCGAUUUACCGUGAUAAACCCGUCGCGCCACUUCCCGCGGUUGUACCGCUGCAACCGAUGCCUAAACGGCACGCAGAUGAAGCCGUGGUUGUUGGCGCUGAU